ACGCAGCAUUGCCAUAAUAUCAACAGACGCAGAACUCAACCUCUCAGGCGCGUCAACAGAGUGUCACGUGCUAUCCUGAGAGCCAAUAAGAAACCGCCAUCUCCUUACCCGGAAAAGGGAUUUUCCUGACAGGUGGUUCAAGUGAAAAGCCUUUCUGGCCUCACCCAGUCAGUCCAUGGAUGAUCAGCAUGACUCCAUCGAUCUCAGGUCUCCUACAGUGGACCCAUCAGCGGCUGCAGGGCACAGCUGGUUCCCUGGACCCCCUCCGCCCAUGUAUUCUUGCACCCUGACCCCUGAGCUGGUGAACAAAGCCCGGGAGGAGCUCCAGGAGAAGCCAGAGUGGCGUCUGCGGGAUGUCCAAGCACUGAGAGACAUGAUACUUAAGGAACAGCCCAAUCUGCGGACGCGCUUGGACGACGGCUUCCUCCUGCGCUUCCUGCGGGCCAGGAAGUUUGACUACGACCGAGCUCUGCAGCUGCUGCUUAACUACCACGCCGGCCGCAAGGCUUGGCCAGAGGUCUUCAAGGACCUGAAGCCAUCCACGGUGAAACAUGUCCUGGACCUUGGCUUCCUCACGGUGCUGCCACAGCCGGACCCCGACGGGAGAUACAUCCUCCAUCUCCGACCAGGAAAAUGGAAACCCAAUGAUUAUCCGUUUGUUGACAAUGUGAGGGCCAUUUAUUUGACCCUGGAGAAGCUGAUCCAGCCGGAGGAGACGCAGGUGAACGGUAUUGUGAUCUUAGUGGACUACAGCGGAGUGGGCAUGUCACAAGCAUCCAAUCCAGGCCCGUUUCUUGCCAAAAAGGUUGUGAGCAUCCUCCAGGAUGGGUUUCCAAUCAGAAUCAAGGCUGUUAACAUAAUAAACGAGCCUAGGAUUUUCAAAGGAAUCUUUGCUAUCAUUAAGCCUUUUCUGAAGGAGAAGAUGGCAGAGAGGUACGUCCUCCACGGCUCCGACCUGCGCUCUCUGCACCGCUACAUCCCGCGCUCGGUCCUCCCGGAGGAGUACGGCGGCGCGGCGGGCCGGCUGGACUUGUCGCCGUGGCUGAGGGUGCUCCUGGACUGCGAGGAGGAGUUCGUAGCCGAGUUCUGCCAGCCGGAUCCACUAGAGGGGGUGGUGCUCCCAGACUCCAUGCUUUUUGAAGGGCACCAGGCCAGCGGGCAGGACGACGACGCCUUCCGGGGGCUCCGCUCACAACUCUACUACUGUUACUGAUGCACCCCCCCCCCCCCCCCCCCCCCCAACCCGCCCAUCACAGAGUGGACAGUUUCUGUUUCAUUGGAAGCGAGUGUGUAGACUUUUACAGGGCAAGUUGCCAAUAGUAUACAUGAUUUAUUUUACUAACAAGCAGCACUGCUAUAGGUGUGUAGUCUUCUGUAGUUUACACGUAGCCCAGCAUUCAGUCAUGGUUGGAAGACAGCUGACUCGAGCCAAAGCACGUUUGGUCUUUAUUGGUAUUUUAAAGGAUAAGGUCACAUUUUGGAAUCUACAGCACCCAUAUGUACAUUGAUGUUGGUUUUGACCAAUGAACGUUCUUCUUGUCCUUAUUGGAAAAUCUCUUCUUGAUGUGCUAAUUAAAUGGAGGGCAACAUUCACUGUUUUUUUUAAUUUAUUUUUUUAGCUGAAGCUAAAAAAGAGCCUCCAGUAGGACGGACAAAUAGAGCGGUUAACUUCAAAAGUUGUACUCGGAAUUCCUGCUUUUUUUUUCGCUGCACAAUUUUCCUGAUACCAAAUAUAUUUGGCUAACUGAGGCUUUUUUAUGCAGAACAGGAACUCAAUUUGUCCCCCAUCCUGCUCGGCAGCGACCUACUAACAGGAUGAUUACAGCAAGUAAAAACAAUGUAAGUACUGUUUUAAGAAAGUCACGAAAAAUGCUAAACUUUAUUCCUUUAAAAAAAAAAAAAAUUGCUGAGGAAGAAUUCCAAAAUUCCUCAAACUCUGGCCAUCAGUUUGCACUGUUGCUUCACUCCACAAACCAACACGAUAAACUGAGACUGUGUGUGUGUGUGUGUGUGUGUGUGUAACCGUCUAAUGCAUCGCCUUAAACUGUGGAUUUCACUACGUAUCAAAAAUUUGUCAAAUGUGUCUGUACCAAAGCAAUAUUUGUCAAUCAAUUAAGAGUGUAUGUACUUCAUUGUUGGGGGGGGGUGGGAGUUGAUGGCUGCUUUGACUGUGAGAAAAAAAAGUUACAGAUAGAUUUUUUUUUUUUCCUCAAUGUUUAACUCUUGCAUGGUAUUUUUGGGCCUUGGUUUAAUUGAUGCUUCAUUUUUCACUAAAAUUGAUUUACUUAGGUCAUUUUUUUUCAUAUCGGAUAAUCUGCCUUAUGUUUUUUCUACCCGUUUGCCUGUGUUUUAUCACUCAGUCUGAUCUCAAGACCAUCGCCAAUCACAGGAGUCAAAUCAAGAGUAGAAUGUUUACUCCCUAUUUACGGACCUCUGAUUUGCCAAACUUCCCUACAUGCCAUGUACAGAAAUGUGCAAUAUUACAUCUGUGUUCUCGCCGCAGUUUUAUUUUAAGCAUGUCUUCAGCUAGCAAUUAUGUGUUGCAGGUCAAUAUUGUCAAUAGUAAAGAAGGUAAAGAAAAAC